AUGGAUGAGAACAAAGAACCCAAGAAAGGGAAGGCUGCAUUGCUUUUGAAGAGGGACAUAACAAGGUCCAAAAGAUUCUUGGAAAUUCAGAAAUGGAUGGAAACUGCACAGGUUGAAAAGUUGAGACGCGGUUCUAAUCAGCCAUUUUAUCAGAUUUUGGUUGAUGUACAUGCAGACCCCAACCUUCUGGUGGCAUAUGGGCUUUCUAACGGUACAACGCCGUUCAAGAAAGAAGAUAACAAUGGCGGCGACGAAUACGUCAUCAACCACGUCGUCUCUCUCGAGCUACAAAAAGGGAUUGAGACUGGCAGUUUGGUUGAUAGCCUGUUGACUGGAGCAUUAAAGAACCUAUCCAGCAGUACUAAGGGAUUCUGGACAGCAACUUUCCAAGCUAGAGGAGAAAAUAUACUUGUGAAGUUGCUGACAACUGGAUAUUGUCGUUAUAUACAGGAUGGUUUUAUCCGUAAUUUUACCGCGCAACGAUUUCUCCCUGCGACCUCAUUCCCACGGCGACCUCGUUUUCGAGAGUUCGCCACUCCUCUGCAAACCCUAAUUACCGCAAUUGGAAAAAUCUUUCCGUCCUCCCUGAUUCCAGUUCGAAUUCCCAAUUUCACCGAUGACUUCGUCGAAGAAAGUUACAAGGAGAAAGUUGCCCGCCGCAAGGAGGAGAAAGCGGCGGAGCAACCGGAGUUGCCGAAGUACAGAGACAGAGCUAAGGAGCGAAGGGAAGAUCAAAAUCCCGAUUAUGAGCCGACUGAAUUGGGUUCUUUUCACGCCGUUGCGCCUCCCGGAAACAUUGAUCUCCGGGCAGCUGAGGUACAGAAGUUAUCCAUUGAGAAGAGCAAGUAUCUUGGAGGUGAUGUGGAACACACACAUUUGGUCAAAGGAUUAGAUUACGCUUUACUUAACAAAGUAAGAAGUGAGAUUGACAAAAGGCCAGAUGAUGGAGAUGAGACUGAUGCAAAGUCUAGAGCAUCAAAGGAAGACCAAAAAAUUUCAUUUCGCACUGCUACCGCAAAGUCAGUGUACCAAUGGAUAGUCAAGCCCCACGCUGUUAUCAAAACCAACGAGAUGUUCCUACCUGGUAGAAUGUCGUUCAUUUUUAACAUGGAGGGAGGAUACACCCAUGACAUCCCAACCACCUUGCAUAGGAGUAAAGCUGACUGUCCACAGACAGAGGAAGCAGUAACUGUCAAUGUUGAUGGUUCUGUACUUGACCGAAUUGCUAAAAUUAUGUCAUAUCUUCGUCUUGGAUCUUCUGGGAAGGUUCUCAAGAAGAAAAAGAAGGAAAAAGAUGCAAGAGGAAAGAUUUCAGUCGUUGGUAAUGACUAUGAUGGAGAGGAUAAGUCCUUGAAGCCUGAUGUUGGGAUUUUGAAGAAGGAAACUAAAAGGGAGAUUUUGCCACCACCCCCUCCACCCCCUCCCAGGAAAAAUCACAUAGAUUCAAAAGCACAACAAGGCCCAACUGUUGCCAGAGUAGAUGAGGAUGACAUUUUUGUUGGGGAUGGCGUUGACUAUGUUGUUCCUGGUAAAGACUUGAGUCAAAGCCCGCUCUCUGAGGACAUGGAAGAGUCUCCUCGGAACAAGGAAAGAGUUUCUUAUUUUGAUGAACCUGCUUAUGGUCCCGUCCAACCCGUCCAAUCCUAUGGGGUGCCUCAGGAAUGGCAAGAUAUGAACGGAUACAAUGCGGUGCAAACACAAACAAUGGAUGGUGCCUACCAGGGAGAGUGGCCAGAAUACCAAUAUGCUGAGCAAAUGGCUUAUCCUGAACAAUACCUCCAGGCAAAUAUGGAGGGUUAUGAUGAACAAACAGGCUUAAACAUGCAGGAUCCACGCUUUAUGACUCAAGAGGAGAAGGAUCGAGGUUUAGGAUCUGUGUUUAAGCGGGAUGACCAAAGACUACAACAAUUGAGGGAGAAGGAUGCCCGAGAAAAGGAUCCAAACUUCAUCUCGGAGAGUUAUUCUGAAUGUUACCCUGGUUAUCAAGAAUAUAAUCGCGAGGUGGUUGACAGUGACGAUGAAGAUGACUUGUCAAAAAUGGAUAUGGGUGGACGAGCUAAGGGUCGUCUUCACCGGUGGGACUUCGAGACUGAAGAAGAAUGGGCAACAUACAAUGAGCAAAAGGAAGCUAUGCCCAAGGCAGCUUUUCAGUUUGGUGUGAAGAUGCAAGAUGGUCGUAAGACACGAAAGCAAAACAAGGACCAGAAGAUCACUAAUGACCUGCACAAGAUCAACAAGAUACUUGCUAGAAAGAAGAUGGAGAAGGAUAUGGACGGUGACGGUGGUGGCCAUUAUGACGAUGAUGAACAGCCUGGCAAGAAGAUUCGGGUUUGAAACUAGUUUAGUUAGGUUAACAGAUUGUAAUAUUUAGUGGGAAUAAUUUGAUUGCACCUAAAUUUAAUAGAAACGAAUGUAAUUAAAGAUUAUAAAUUAAUAUCAAGUAUUUCAAGCACUU